UAGUGAUAAAUCAAUAUGGGCUCCAGAAAGCAUGUGUUCAGCCUAUUCUUGAGAAUAGCCGUUUUAUUGUUUGUGAUAAAGGCUAUCAAUAGCACAGAUGAUUACGUGAAAGAUCUUAAAAGAAAAUGUUCGAAAACCAAAAGGCCCUUUUUCUGUAUGACACUUAGACUGGCACAAUUCGUACAAGACUUCGACUAUGACGGGCCACACAAUAGUGCAGUGAAAAUCGUGAAAAUUAAACGCCAAGAAGUGGAUACAAGUGAUAUACUACCACGUCCAAGAUACAUAAGCAAUGACAGUGAAACUGAUAAAUUUAUCAAAUUUUUACAAAGGAAACUUUUGGACUUUUUAAGCACCCAUGGGAUCGCUUUUGAGGUUCCCACGGGAGUCCGAGUGGUUCAAGGAAGAAGUUUGGAUGACGUUAGUGAUCAAGAUAGUGAGGAAGAUUCUUCAAUAGACAAACAAGUUCACCACCUCAUCCCGCACCACAAGCACAAAGUGAAAAAAGAAGAAAAGAAAUUCCUGUUAUGGUUCAUCCCCAUCGUUCUUUUAAUUAAAAUGUACUUUAUUAAAGUCGCACUCCAUACGAUACUGUUUGGGACCGUGGUUAUUAAGUUUUUAAUUUUCAAAGGGGCCAUAUGGCUGCAUUAUUUAAUGUACGAGGUGAAAAGGGUCAGCACAAAAGAGGGAUUGGUGAAGGAAUUAUGGAACGGAUUGUGGCAGAAAAAGAUGGACUCGGGAAGCGUUUAUAAUGAAUAUGGGGGCAUCAAUGCCACGUGGAUUCCACCUAAUUAA